AUCUAGUCUGAAAGUCCUUGUUUACCUUUAUCUGCUGUCUGGCGUAACAGGCUUGAAAAGCUUUUAUUUUGGGGUAUUGUGUUUAAUUUCACUCGCAGUGCUCGGUGUUAGUUGUAGGGAAUUCAUUCAACUUCCGAUGUAUGAAGCUCUCCCAGUAAAAGAGAUCGUAGAAUGAAAAAUUCUGCUGGGAAGCGUCAUCAAUUUCUCGAAGGAGAUGAAGAUAACAGUAAUGAAAGUGUAUUGAUCCAUAUUGUUCCUGAAAAUAAGUCUAGAUGGAACCAUAUUGAAGAUCUGGAUGCAUUUUUUUCUCGUGUCUAUUAUUACCAUCAGCAACAUGGUUUCCUAUGUAUGAUGCUGCAGGAGUCAUUUGAACUUCUCCAGUUUGCAUUUAUAGUAGGAUUUUCAUCAUUCUUGCUGAAAUGUGUCAACUACAAAGUUUUAUUCAGGGAUGACCCGAAUUUCACAAACACAUCCAAAAUCACCUUACCAGAUGUGAUGGACGGCCCUGCGGAAUGUGUGGCUUCGUUUACUGUAACAAUGUGGACAUGUAUCCUUGUUUCGUUGUUCUGCUGGAUUUUGAGACUUAUCAGUGUUAUCUACCACUUUUUCCAGUAUUCCGAGAUUCGAAGCUUUUAUCAAUCAGCAUUACAAAUAGAUGACAAAGACCUAGAUAACUUGACUUGGCACGAAGUUCAACAAAGAUUAAGAAAAGCUCAACAGGAAUUUCAAAUGUGCAUUCACAAGGUCGAGCUAACGGAACUCGAUAUUUAUCAUCGAAUACUAAGGUUCAAGAAUUACCUUGUUGCAAUGGUAAAUAAAAACGUACUUCCACUAAAGUUUAAAAUACCGAUUUUUGGAGAAACGGUAUUUUUUACUCGGGGAUUAAAGUAUAAUAUGGAAUUUCUUCUAUUUUGGGGGCCAUGGGCACCGUUUGACAACAGUUGGCACUUGCGAGAUGAUUAUAAAAAUGCCAGUCGUCGAAAAGAAUUGGCAAAAGAUUUAUCGAAAGUUAUCGAAUAUAUGGGUGUUCUAAAUUUCCUUUUAGCACCCCUUGUAUUAUUAUGGCAACUACUUUAUGCCUUCUUCAGUUAUGCAGAAAUUGUGAAAAGGGAACCCGGAAGUCUUGGCACUCGUAGGUGGUCAAUUUAUGGGAGACUCUAUUUACGGCAUUUUAAUGAACUAGACCACGAAUUACAAGCUCGUCUUAGUAGAGCUUAUCGACCGGCAACUCGUUAUCUUUCCGGAUUUUCAUCCAACUUAGUUGCUAUAUUUGCGCGAAAUUUCGCUUUCUUGGCUGGGGCCAUUUUGGCCGUUUUAGUGCUUUUGACUGUUUACGAUGAAGACGUCAUUACCGUUGAACAUGUGCUCACUCUAAUUACUAUCCUUGGAGCUGUUGUUGCGGGUUGCCGCGUGUUAAUACCCGAAGAAAAUGUGGUGUGGUGCCCUGAAAGUCUGAUGGAAACAGUUUUGACACAAGUUCAUUAUUUACCCGCCGAAUGGAAGGAUAAAGCCCAUACAAACGAAGUGCGCGCAGGUGUAGCAAAAUUAUUUCAGUACAAAGCUGUGUACCUCCUUGAAGAGCUGAUAUCUCCCGUGGUUACCCCAUUUAUUUUAUACUUCGGACUCCGGCCUAGAGCACAGGAAAUAGUGGAUUUCCUACGACAGUUUACGGUUGACGUUGUUGGAGUUGGCGACGUUUGUUCGUUUGCUCAACUAGAUCUCCACAAGCACGGGCAGGCACAGUGGCACGCGAGUUUGACUUCAGAUGAGAGAUGCUCGUUUCAUGAAUCGUUACCAACUGGUGAAAACCACUUGGAGGAGGCAAGUUUUACUUUCUCUCCUUUAGAGGCUCUUAUUAAUCAUUUUGGGUUGUAGGCGGAAGAUGGGAAAAUCGAAUUGUCCCUUAUUCAUUUUGCUCUAACGAACCCUGAGUGGCGCCCUCCUGAAGUUGCAGAAGGCUUUUUAACAGCCCUAAGGAGCUUAAUUCAUAACGAACUGAUUGUCAAUCCUCUCGUACAACAAAGCGUGCUGUCACAAAGUAGAGGCAUUCCAUCACUAAUACAGAGCUUAGCAAGAUCUUGUAGCCUGGUGACUCCGUCUGGUGAUAUUCAAUCAUUGCGGCCAAAAAAUUAUUCCGUUAUCGGACGCGGAAUUGCUAAACGCGAAGGACCUUUAGGUUCUCGAGUGGGCACGGAAAACAGCGCUUAUAUCGGAGGGAUGAGUGCGAAUGAAUUGUCAUAUUCGGAUACCACGCUGGAUGGAUUAGCUCUUUCGGAGCCGGUAGCUGCAAAUAUGGCGCUGUCUACGUUAUUACUCCGGGACAUUCAGAGUCAACAUAAGCGAAAUCCACAGAAUACCAGAAAUGUGGUACCUGGAGUUAUGCCUGAAAUUCGAGAGUCACCGCAUGAGGAUAACCUUGCCGAUCCUGAUGAGGUAGCAGCAGUGCUUUCUGCAGCAGUAAAAAAUCUUUCAAGUGGCAGCCGUACAGUGAAUUUGAAAUAAUUGUGUAAAUGCUCGGUCAACUACAUAAAACGUACAUAGAUUCA